GUGGAGAAAAAUUGAAAUUAUUGUCUAUUCGCCAUCAAGAUGGCGUCAUCGAAGGAAACCUAUUGUUUGUGUGGUCAACCAUAUAAUAUUGGACAAUUUAUGAUAGAAUGUGACUGCUGUCGUGAGUGGUUUCACGGCAGCUGCGUUGAUGUUAAGAUAUACCAGUCAGAUGAUAUAGAUAAGUAUCACUGUCCAAAAUGUGCACAAACCUACGGACCGUCAGUGUUGAAAAUACCCACAAACAACCACCGAGCAGACCGCUACGAGCUCGGGGCCGAGACGCGGCCCUCGCAGACCGGCUCCCCGGCCUGGGUGCGCGCGCUGGCCGCGCGGCCGCUGCGGCCCGCCCCGCCGGCGCUGGCCCGGCUGCAGCCCAGGCAGUUCACCGAGGAGUUCGUCCGGGACAAUGGCUUCACCCGGCCAAUCUUAUUCACCACAUCCGAGGGUCUGGAGAUGGAAACCCCGAACCCCGCUACGUUCAACGCUCGUUCCGUGCUCCGGUUCUGCGGAAAGAACCAUGAGGUGGAAGUGAUAGACGUCCGGCGGCAGACCACACUGAGGAUGCCUUUGGGCGAUUUCGUGGAGUAUUUCGAGACCCCCCCUGACUUGAGGGGGGAGAGGGUGCUCAAUGUACUCAGUCUAGAGUUUAGUGAUACCAACAUGGCGCCGCUGGUGGAGCCGCCGGGCACGAUCCGCCGCCUGGACUGGGCGCGGCGCGCGUGGCCGGCGGCGGAGGCGGCGCCGCGGCCGGCCGUGCAGAAGUACUGCCUCAUGUCGGCCGCCGGCUCCUACACCGACUUCCACGUCGACUUCGGCGGCACCGCCGUCUGGUACCACGUCAUGCACGGGGGGAAGAUAUUCUACCUAAUACCUCCUACGUCCACAAACUUGGCCCUCUAUCAGCAAUGGAGUGCUUCCAAUAAUCAGAACGAAAGAUUCUUCGGUGACAUGGUGGAAUGGUACGGUACAGCAGAGCUGUGUGCCGGACAGACGCUCUGCAUUCCUGGCGGCUGGAUCCAUGCCGUGCUGACUCCACAGGACUCCUUAGUGUUCGGCGGCAACAUGCUGCACUCUUACAGCAUCGAGAUGCAGCUGCAGAUCUACGAGAUCGAGAGGCGAGUUGAAACGCCGAUAAUGCUCCGGUAUCCAUUAUUCGAGGCGAUGCAUUGGUACGCCGGCGCGCACCUGUUGACAAUGUUGCGGAGACACAACGAGGAGACGCAGGAUGAAGACUUCACCCUUCAUGAAGUCGGCGCGCGGCCGCCGGCGCCGCUGCCGCCGCUGCUGCUGCGCGGGGUCCGGAUCCUCGCCACCGCGCUCAAGGAGUGGCAUGCGCUGAAGAGUACCGACUCUGCGAAGCGCGACAACGUACCCAAGUGCCUCAAUUCUGGUCAGCUGGUUAGAGAGCUAUGCAAAGAACUACGUACUCUCGAGAAACGAUCUGCCAGCGCAGCAAACAAAGAUAAGGACUUCAAAAUCAAGAACCAUACAUCGCCUAACAAAGCGAUAGCCAAAAAGCAGCCGGCGCCAAAGAAAUCACUGAAACUGACGCUGCCCAAGCCGAUCAUGCAUAUGGCUCAGCCUGACGAAUUUGCGGAGGAAAAAAUAUACGCGGACAAGUUUUACAUAGAGAAUAAAGAAGUCGUGUAUGACAACAGGUAUCCGCAAGGUAUAAAAUAUGCCAACGGCCUCCAGGAAACAAAGUACAUCGUGGAGAGCAAGGAGCACCUGCCAGAGAAAUACACCUUCCAACAUUAUGAAGAACCACUAUACCACGACCCCGCCUACGAUAGACAAGAUAAGAAAAUAAUGAAGAUCAGCGCGUCCCCGCCCCUCGGCUCGCCGCCGCCGCCGCCCUACGGCCUGCCCGACCACUCCAUCCUCAAGUCGCACCUCGUGCGGCCCGACCGCCCCGCCCUCAAGCCCAUACACCAGUGGACCAUCUCCAAGAAGGACCUCGGCUACCAGGAGGAGCAGAUCCUCUUCACCAACGAGAACCUGCAGGCCAACAUGAGGGACCAGGAUAUCAGUUAUGGGCCUGGUAUGUAUUCCGCAGAGGACAUUCAACAAGACUACCAAUACUCAGAGGCGGCUAAACCAGGCUCGUACCAGCCUGAAUACGGGUACCCUACUGCGGCUUAUUCUCGACUCGAAGCUCCGAUGCAGACAGUACAGCAGGCGGCGACCUACGCGCCCAUGGUACCCGAUAUGAACGGGUACCACGCGCUGCCCUCGUACGACGCGGCCAUAGCGCAGCAGUACCCCACCAACAACUAUCAGGUGAUAGAAGAGCAGAAGCCGGCGGCGCCGGCGCCCGUGCGGCGCUCGGAGCGGCCGGCGCGGCGCCGCGUGUCGGCCACGUACGACUACGAGGACGGCGACCUGUUCCUCGACGACGCGCCCGCGCCGCGCCGCCGCAGGCAGCGCCCCAAACCGUACAGCCAACAAUCCAACUCAUAUCGCGCGCCUGCCGUGGCGCCUCCCCGGCCCGCCAACGGCAUCGAGUCCCUCAUCCAGGCCUCCGUGCUGGCGGAGGAGGACCCUCCCGAUCACACUACGGAAGACGCGGCGGUGGCGGUGGAGGGGAUGUUGAGUAUAAGCGAGCGGUACGAAGCUCCGCCCCGGACGUUCGGGCUGGCCAGCGACGAGCCCGAGGCGCCCACGGAAAGCAGCGCGAGCGCGCGCGGCAACAAGCGAGUCCGCAAGCCCGCGCCGCGCGUUGAAGAUCCCCUGGACGACGAAGAUGUCAUCAAAGAGGUGCAUCGAGACGAAGAAUAUGUGUACCCAUCAUUAGAGAUGAGCUCUGACGAGGACGAGGACUGGUCGUCUUCGCGGCGGCGGCGGAACUCCAGGAACAGGGUCGAUUCUAGGUCUAAGGGAGAUAAGGACGAGUCGUGGUCGCCACGUGCACGCCUCGGGAGACUGGUGCCGCGCCUGCGCGGGCCGGCGCGCGCGGGCGUGCGGCGCGAGUGUGUGCGCGCCGCGCUGCACGCCGCCGCGCACCAGCCCGCGCCCGCCCCCGCGCCGCCCAGGAGGGAGCAGAACGCGAAGAGAGCAGUGCUCGCCACAAAAAGUAGGCGGCCCCCGCCGCCAGUACACAAUACGCCAAAUAACAAGAAUUCAAGACUGAAAAAGGGUAUGAAGACGGCCAAACAGCGCCUAGGCAAGAUCCUCAAGAUACACAAAAUGAUAUAUUAGCUUAUAGCUCUAGCCACAGCUACGUCGGCGAUCGGUAUGAUGCACAAAUAUAUUACACCGGUUUUCUUUUCAUGCCAAACUUACUUGUUUUCGUACUUUUUUAGUGUUUUUUUGUGUCUAUUUUGCCAAUGUCUAGAACCUAUGAUAGAGUCAAACCAAUCACUGACUUGGCAGUAACAGAGUGUGGAACUGUGAAAGUGCCACUAUAAUGGUCAAAUUACUAAAGCAAGGACGCUAAACACAAAUAAUUUCGUACAUUGACCCACCUGUUCCUAUCUCGACAUGUCGGAGGGUCGGCAACGCGCAUGUAACACCUCUGGAGUUGCAGGCGUUCAUAGGCUACGGUGACUGCUUACCAUCAGGCGGGCCGUAUGCUUGUUUGCCACCGACGUGGUAUAAAAAAUAUCGCACGCGCGUAAUGAUAUUGCUGUCACGCCUAUGAAGCCGGGCGGUCAGUACCACUGUGCGAGCGGAACAGCAAUAUGUGAUGCGUGUGCGAUAAGAGAUGGGAACAGGUGAGUCAAUGUACCAAAUUCUUCGUCCUUAGCGUCCUUACUUUAAAAAUAUUACGUUUAUAAAUACACGCCCACUUUGUAUGUGUGUGUGUUUUCAUUUUCUCGUGCAAAUUUAGCUUAGAUUCAUCUAAUACACAUUUUUUUGUACCAAGUUAUUUAGGUGUCAGCUUUGCCCAUUAAAGUGCAAUAGUACACGGUUAAGGAAUGACUAUAAUUUAAUGUAGAAUGUUUUAUCUUGUUGACCACACAUGCAUGUUAAUACUGUAUUUUUAUUAAGUUUGAGUGGGCAAAGUAGAAACAUGUGGGCAAUGUUAUUGGUGGCAUACGUUUUAUACGUACGUGUACGUACAUUUUUUUUACAUUUUUAGUGAAAUUACUUAAUUUAAAAAUAAGUCUGGCCGGGACAAUGCAAAAAAACAUAAUAAAUAUUAGAGUUAAAUUCUGUCGACGAAUUUCAAUGUAUUCAUGUCGAAAAGGGCUGUUUUAUUUAUUAUACGUAAUAAACUUUUCGUAUAUAGCUUAUGCAGGACAUAAUAUUCUUUUUUAACAACAUUGACAAUUGAUUUUAUAUAAAGUAUAUCCUCCGAAAACCCAGCCAUACAACUGAAAUUUGAACUCGAGUUCAGAACCAGAAUCUGUAGGAAAUAGAGUUGAUUUUGCGUUGUUUGAAAAUUGAACGAACCAAUGCAAACGCGACUCUGUUCCAAUUGAAUAUGAUUUCAAUUUCAUCGAACUGAAGAAGUACUAUAGGUAGGUCCUUGGGCCUUAGGAGGAUGCUAAUAAACUAGAAUUCAGGAUCGUCAUUCGGGUCAAAAUAUAUUUGUGCAAUAUACCACAAGACGGACAAGUAGGUGUAUAUUUUAUAUAUAAAGUAUGUAGCACGGACCAAUAUUUGUUGUGGGUGUGUGGGUGUCUGUCUGUCUAUGUGAUACCACACUAUCAAAGUUAUACUUUUAAGGAUAUUUUUGACUUUAAUACUUAUUGAUGUGUUUCUGUUAUUAUUGGUUGUUCCGGAAUAGUAUUAAUGUGUGGACUUUAGAUGUUGUCUUCGCAAUUUUUGUUUUGAACAUCUAUAAGGGCGUCCGUUAGGUGGCGCGGUUGCACCGAAGAGAAUUUGAGAUAGAGGUGGAUUGCUAAAGAAAACUUUGUAGCCACAGUAAAUUUACUGCCAUCUUUCGACACAUGAUUAAAACCUUUAGAACGCUAUAUAACUUUGGUUUAUUCUAUCACUGAUAUGUGUUGAAUUUGUUAAAUAUCAAAAAGUGGCAUAGGCCAAAGGUUGUGGCGCCAUCGCUCGAAGCGAUGCCACCAUACUUUUGGCCUUUGAUCUAUUAGAUGGCGCCACUUUUUGAUAAUUAACGAAUUUAACAUUUACCAGUUAAAGAAUAAGGAUCAAAGUCAAAUGGCGUUCUAAAAUUAAUCGUGUGUAGAAAGUGGCAUUAAAUUUACUGCGACGGAUUUUAAAAUGGCACCCGCGAGCGCUCGCCCGCUCCGUGCACCCGCGAGCGCUCGCCCGCUCCGUGCACCCGCGCCUGCUAGCGGACGGCCUAAUGACUUCGAGGCCUUUAUGUAGGUAUAUUUCGCUGUGGUAUGAUUAUAAAAUUAUGUUCAUUAUAAACUAAUAUAAUUAUAUCUUAUUCUUUAAUUACCUGUUAUUAAUAUGUAUAUCAGACAUCAUUCAAAACAAUCAUUUUUACGUUUUGGUCAAAAUGAAGCACUUUGCCAUUACAACAAAAAAAUUAAUAAACAUACUGACUUAAAAAAUUAAAAAAUAUUAAAUUGACAUAAAUAAACAUGGACAUUUUAUACGAAUUCUAGGAAAUAUUUUUUCUAUUAUAAUUAGAUCUGAUUCGUUUUGUAAUUCGCUUUUCUACUUAUAAAUGUGUUAAGUCUAAAUUAUAAAUUGUUAUUUUAGUCUGACAGAUUUACACAGUGGCGACUACUCGCACUUUUGAAAUAUAUUAUUGAAAAUUGAACGAAACAAAACAAAAGCAACUAUUCCAUUUAACUUGCUCGACGCCUUCUUAAAAAAAAAAAACAUUUCUUCCUGUAGCAUUCCAAUCCAGUGAUCGAAGCCAGCACUGGACUGGAUCAUAUCGAUUACAUAAAUUCCAGUAAUUUUCAUCAUCCAGUGAAUUUACGGAAACUGUCACCGGAAACAACAAUUCCUGCACUGGAGUGGCUGUCUACACUAUUCCAGUAGCACUGGAUUGGGUAAGCUGGAAUCAAAAAGCAGACCGUUAAUCCAGUCACUGGACUGGAAUGCUCACUGGAAUAAGUAUACUCGUAUUCCAGGGCCGGUUGACAUUACAGAUGUAGUGCAUAAUUGAUUUCCAUCGUAUUUUCUCGCAAACCUUCGUAUUUCUCAUGCUACUUCAGUCAACCUCAGUACUUUUUGUACUGAGACUGACUGAAAUAGCGAGACACGUUCGUACGUUUCCGUGAAAAUACGAUAAAUAAAAUAAGUAUUAUAUGACAUUAUUACACAAAUUGACUAAGUCCCACAGAAAGCUCAAUAAGGCUUGUGUUGUGGGUCUUAGACAACGAUAUAUAUAAUAAUUAUGCACUACAUCUGUAUUCCAAUUUAAUUCCAGUGCUGGAUUCGAUCACUGGAUUGGAAUGCUAUUGGAAUAGAUGUGGACUCGGCAUAACUUCGAUUGUAUGGGUAUCUUAGACUGACUCUAGUUACUUGAAUUGGAUCAAAUCUGUCAGGCUAAGAAUUGUAUAUUUAAGGUUGACAGCUUAUGUCAUUUUCGCCUUUAAAAUCCACAUGCAUCAAUUUUAAGAGUUUUAAUGUAAUAUAUAAUUGGAUGUUGAUAAGGUCAAUGUGGCUAAGGUCUUGGAAUGAUCUUCUAAAAGCUCGGCGCUUUUAACUCUUGCGUAUGUACAGUCGCCAUCAAAUAUAUCGAAGCGGCCUAGGUGCUCACAAAUAUCUGAACAUUGCCAUGACAUUAGAGUGCGUGUUCAGAUAUUUGUGAACACUGGCCGCUCCGAUAUAUCUGAUGCCGACUGUACACAUACUUCACUUACCGAAGGUCGGUGGAGCAGGAGUGAAGCUCCUGCUUUCUGGCUGUCUGAGCAACAAAUAUAAAUACGAGAAUUGUUGCUCCCGUCUCCGUGUCCGGCCGUCUUCUUACAUUUUACAGUAUAUAUGGUGCUACUUUAUAGCACUAGUGCGAUAAUUUGCACAUUACGUAAUUAGUCCUUUUAAAGGGCUAUACGAUACAUGUGCGAAUAGGCAAUUCGCAACUCGUGUCGAUUUAAAAGACUCCCUUCGAUCGUUUAAUUUAUCGCCACUCGUUGUGAAUUCCCUAUUUUUCGCACUUGUAUCGUAAUGUAUAUGUAAUAUGCCUAUUUUCCCCACAUUGACCUUAUAUCAGAUUUUUGGAGCCUUAAAAUAUUUAAAUAUUAUAUAGUUCAUUAAAACAUCAUUCAUUCAAAAGACAUUAUAUUUUCACACCAAUCCCACCUUGGAAUCACUGUAUGUAAAUAGACUAAAUUACGAAUAAAUUAAAAAAAAAGAUAAAAUUUAUAAAAAAUGUAGAUCGUAAUAAAGUCAAUAAUACUUA